AUGGAACCCCCCAAACCUGCGAACGUGGAAUCCACUGAGAAACCUACUAAAUCCAAUGAAAAUGAAAACAGCCUGUUGAGAAGGUUAUUGCAGAACUUCCACCUCUAUCGCCCGUGUUUCAGAAGCCUCCCGAAGGGCAUGGAGACGUGCUACGCUGGAGAGAUUUCUAUGUACACAGAGAGAGAAAACAGAAUCCAGGUGGCAACUCUUGAGAAGACUCGGCUCAUUGCAAAGGAUUUUUCUGAGCUGCGCAUCCACUUCUGGCCCGACCUACCGUGGGUGUACUCAGCAGGCCGGCCUCGUGGAAUUGCUGCGGGGGUUGUCAGAUGGUUUGCAGCCAGCCGGCUGCAUUACCUUGUGCAGUACCACAGUACAAAAACAGGUGUAAAGCGAAAGCGAUCUGUCAGUGCACUUCUAGCAGACAUUCCACCUCUGAAGAGUAUUAGAUUCAAAUCCAUGGAAUCUCCUCAUCGCUCUCCAACUGCCAAUCUGCCCAAUAUUGAUCCGCGGAAUCCAUACACCCUAUUCUCUCUCUAUAUCUCAGAGUCUGAUAUUCAGAAUAUUGCCUGUUCCCUACGCGGAGAUACAGAUAUCAAGGAAUUCAGCCAUCAAUCCACGGGAAUGGCAGCCAACUACUUCUACAGAAAUCAAGGAUUAACCAAGACUGGAUCUCUUGUGGUGGAAUUGAUUGAACGGUUGCCAGUAUUUAUACAGAGCUCCGCGGCUCCUGCAGCUCAGAGCUCCGCGGCUCUGAGCUCUCUACAGCACUCUGAACAGCAUCUAGAGUUGAAUAACAGCAAAGAGGUUGCUGGCUACUCAAUUUACAUGGACAACUACUUCACCUCUGUUGCUCUAUUCCAUUAUCUUCGAAAGCAAGGAAUUGGAGCUUGUGGAACCACCCGUCCUGCCAAUCUGCCUCCUCUUCUACAAGAACUAAAGAACUCCGGACUAUCCGCUCAUAUUCCCUUCAAUACUCUGUGUAUAAUACCUCAAAAUGAGGUUCUCUGUCUUGGAUGGAAAGACAAUAAUAUAGUAUUACUACUGUCUACAAUUCAUAUGCCAGACAGCUUUGUUGAACGUGUCAGGAAGCGCCCAGGAUUGAACUCAACUAAUGGCCCUCAGAUCCGGAGGAUAUUUGGAGACAAUUGGCAAAAAGCAGUGGAGAUUCCUACCAUCAUUGAUGAUUACAAUCAUAAUAUGAAUGGGAUUGACCUAGCAAAUCAGUAUAGAGCAUCCUAUGAGACUCAUAUGCCCACUAAUCGCACCUGGUUGACAAUUCUGUACUGGAUUAUUGAUCAUGCCAUUGUCAAUGCUUAUAUUCUUCAUCGACUGGCUACUACUGGCACUACUGGCACUACUGACACUACUAUAUCUCACGUUGAAUUCCGCCGGCAGCUCUAUAUUCAACUCCUAGAAUUCUCAAAUCCUCUACCUACUACUCGAUCAAAUCCGGAUCUAAAUCACCAGCGAAUUUCUCUGCCAUCUUCUCAAACUUGUGCCUGGUAUUACAUAAAUUACACUAAAACACGCCAAUACGGCCGAUCUCUCAUAUAA